UUUGAGGAAAUCAUAUGAUGGGCUACUCCCUGCCUCCUAUCCUUGGCAUUCUUCCUUUAAAACCACAGAGCUGAAGCCACAUAAUGCUGCAAUUAACUGGCCAGCCCAUGAAGAGAACCUAGAUGACUGCAGUCACUAAGGAGUUACAGUUUGCACACACAAUUAGGGGAAAUUUUGGAUGUGUGUAGGCAACCAAUGAAAGAGGAGAUAAACAAUGCAGCUGACUCAUACCCAGCAAGGGUUAGAUUGUGAUUGCAACACUGUUCCAGGCAGAUCAUAGCUCUUUGCUGCAUUCGCACUAGCUCACUCCUGUAGUCUCUAUGCCCACACGUCUGGAGUCCCCUCACUAGACAGCAGAAAAUGGCCAAUCUGAUGCCUGUAAUAGCCCAGGAAGAGCUGGAUAACUUUAUCUUCACCAGGACAAGUUCUGGCUUCGCCCUCAAAGCCUUUCAUGCUCCUCAGAACAUUAACAUAUCACUGAAGCUGCUGACCAGCCAGAAUACAACAGAGAGUGAGUUGAAGGUGCUACUCCAAGAUGUAGCAAACACACGACGCAUUCAGUCUGAACAGCUCCUGCCUUGUCUUGGGAUCUACAAAUCUCAGGGACUUCUGGGGGUCGUGACUGAAUGGAUGUCCAAUGGAUCCCUCCACUCACUCAUCCACGAGCACCACCUAUACCCAGAAUUGCCUUUUCCCCUACUCAUGCGGAUCCUGUCAGAUGUGGCUGAAGGAUUAUAUCAUCUCCAUAGCCUAGACCCUCCUCUCCUCCACUACAGCCUGAAACCCUCCAAUGUCCUUUUGGAUACACAAUAUAGAGCUAAGAUAACAGAUUAUGGUCUAACCUCCUGGAGGAAGCAGCAAAGAUCAGUCCUGCAGAACUGCAAUAGAAGCUGCUGGGAUUUGGUAUACCUUUCUCCUGAAAUACUUGAAGGCGGUGUACCCUCACAAGAAGGAGAUAUUUACAGCUUUGGAAUGCUAUGUUGGGAAAGUGUAAGCAGACAGAAACCUUUUGAAGGCAAAAAAACCCUGCUGGAAGUUGUGACAGGAGUCUGUAGUGGCCUGCGGCCUGGGACUGAAGCAGAGUAUAUACAGAGCAAUUUGCCUCAGAGAAAUAGGCUGCUACAGCUCAUCAUACUGUGCUGGCACCAAGACCCAGAUUACAGGCCCCAAACUGCAGAAUGUGCAGAACUCUUAAGGAGAAUUUUGAGCGCUUUUAGCAAGGAGAAGAUUUCCAGUGCAAUCUACACUUUGAUUGAUGCAAAGGAGAGAGCAGUAAAUGCCUGCAAAGGCUCAGUUCCACACAUGCGUCAGACACAUGUGCACAACCUAGAGGUCGUCUGUGCACAGAAAAACAGCAACCGGCUUAUCGACAAGUGUGUCCAUCUAACAGCACAGGAAUUGUCAACUGUUCUUGACAGCCCUGCAGGAAGAGAGAAGGCUAAUCAGAUGGCACUUGCAGAUAUCACUACGCCAAACACAACACGAAAAAGAGCUCAUCCAGGCAGUAGAGAAUCAGCUGUGCAGCAUUCCUUUCCCACUCCUUGUACUUCUGAUCCACAUGCAAGCAGAGAAGAUGGUGGUCAGUGUCAAAGGGACCCAAAGGUGUGGCAGCAGCAGCCAUUACAGUUAUUACUGCCACCUGAGCACAGUCCCCAUCAUAGCCAAUUUCAAAGCACACAGUUUGAACAAACAUUAACAGGUCCUUGCUGCAAAGGCAACUGCUGCCAGAUCCUAGCCUGUGGGCGACAGACUAUCUUGAGCUGCAUGACAGAAGGGCGCCUCAACCACAUUCUUGAUGUCCUUCGCUCCCAGCAAGUGUUGUCUAAAAUGGACUAUGAAAUGAUCACCUCUUUCCCCACCCUGACCAGCCGCACUCGUGCUUUGUUGGACACUUGCCUCUGCCUUGGAGAGGGGGCAGCUCAGGUUGUAGUGACUGUGCUCUCAACUAGCAAAUGUAGCCCUCUGGCACGAGGCAGCCACAUCACAGACAGUUCUGCUAAAUUAAAUAGACGACUGCAGUGACUUAA